GAUUUCUCCCCCCCGGGGCCUGCGGCAGCCUCCCGGACUGGACAUUGAUCCUAUGACGCAUGCCCGGAAAAAACAACUUUUCCUUCUGAAACAUCCAGCUGGUUCUGCUGGCCAACAGAACAGCAGGAGGAUGGACAGGGCCAACGCAGAGCAGCGGGACGGAGAUGCCUCGGAGGCUCCAAACUGUCCCAGUGGGUUUGUAGGGAAUAACAAAAGCAAGAGUUUGCGUGAAGUGCGAAAGACGUACCCGCUGCGGAGGCGGCUGCUCCCCUCCGUGAGCAAAAAGACCUGCAAGGUGCUCCUCACUAGGCUGGAGGAUGUGGCUGGCUCUCUGUCCAAACAGACCCCGAGCUGUAAAAAAAAGCACCUUCCCAGCUGGGUUGAGGGUUUGGGAUCUGCUUUGUUCUCGGAACAAGUUCAGCCUGUGGGAGCGGGCAAGAGUGAGUCAUCUGGGGAGAAGUGCACAGUAAGUUAUCCCGGGCAGGAGCAGGACUUUGAUCCUGCUCCCUCGGAGCCCAGGAAGCGCCGGCUGGCCUCGCUGAACGCCGAGGCGGUGAACAACCUGCUGUUCGAACGGGAUGAUGGCUUGUUAGCCAGCAGGCGCUUCCGCAGGGACUCUGGGAAGGCUGCUGGGGACUGUACCCUCAAGGGCUUGCAGUGCAAAGCCGGUGACAACUGGCCUGCCCUGGAAAAACCGGCUGUGAAAACGGGGAAAGGAAAAAGCCGGCAUGAGCCCAGUCAGAAAUGCAAUAGCUGCGAGCAUUCGCUGGAUGAGGUCUUUGAUGAUGGGGCAAAGAGGGAGGAUGGUGCCGUCUCCUACCAUCCCACCCCAAAGAGACUGGCCAGCCUGAACGCCGUGGCUUUCCUGAAGCUGACCCACGAGAAAGACCAACCCCUGAAACAGAGGAAUAAAUCGGACGGAGAGGGCAAGUCCGAGAACCACUGUUCAAAAUCUACACUCAAAUGGGCCAAAGCUGGACGGAAGAACUGUGUCAAAUCCAAGAAGGAAGUGGCUAGCUUAAAAAUGGAUGGGCAGCAUGGCUGGCAAGGCCAGACCCUGGGCACGUUUGGGAAAGGGGAGCAGCGGGACUCUUCCAGGCACUAUGGGACGACAGAGCCUGUCCCCUAUGAGUCACUGUCUGGCUCCUAUGCCAGCACGGAGGGCUUCUACCACAGACUGCCUUUGCUCAUGGGAGGUCAAGCUUCCAUGAAGCCGGAGUAUGGAAGACCCGGAGAGAAAUCCCCAACCCCCAAACAGGAAUUUCAUCAGCCUUCCUUUCCCGUGCAGCAGUUCCCUCCCUUGCCUGUGCCCGGGAAUCACGCGGAUUGUGGAUGUCUCUAUGAAUCCUCAGAUCUGACUCCGUUGAACGGGUUUUAUGUUUAUUAUGGCCAAAGUGGAUACAGUGGCUAUUCCCCCUGCUCCGUUUAUCCCAAGGACGAGCUGUCGCAGGCUGCCACCUGUGAGGGGCUCCUGGUAUCUUCCGGUUCCUUGCCAUCAGGUGCUCAUCUCCAGCCCCUGCACUGGUGCAGCUCUCCGUACUGCUGCGGGGAGGGAGCGGCCGUGAGCAGCUACAGCGUCUGCGGCGUGGUGCAUGUGCCGGAGGGCAGGAUCGGCGGCGUGCACGCGGGACGGAGCAGCUAUCCCUACAAAAUGCCUUUUGCAGCAGAAGGCUGCAAGUCUCUGGACCAGCUGAACCUCACAAUCCCAGUGGCAGGACACCCCGCGUCGCCUGCCCACCCGCUCUCAGGAUGUCCCGUGCCCAGCGUGCCGCCGGCUGCAGAGCCCGUUCCUCACCUGCAGACCCCCAACUCUGACCCUCAGACCAUGGCCCGAGAAUGUCCUCAGAGCUCCAAGCCUCCCAGCGGCUCCAAGUCUGGGCUGAGGAAUACUCCGGGCUGCCUGCACGCCUCCAACAGCAAAGCGGCAGGAGGCCAUUCCCACCCCAAGCAGCAGCGGAUCAGCCGGCGCAGAGCCACCAACGGCUGGAUCCCUGUGGGCACGGCCUGUGAGAAGGCUGUCUACGUUGUGAACGAGCCGGAGCCGGCCAUGCGCAAGAGCUACCAGGCUGUGGAGAGGGACGGGGAGAUCAUCCGGGUGCGGGACACCGUGCUCCUCAAAUCCGGGCCCCGCAAGAAAUCCAUGCCCUACGUCGCCAAGAUCUCUGCACUCUGGGAGGACCCCAAGACAGGGGAGCUGAUGAUGAGUCUCCUGUGGUAUUACAGACCAGAGCACACUCAGGGAGGCCGCAACCCCAGCAUGCACCAGAAUGAGAUCUUCGCCUCGCGGCACCAGGACGAGAACAGCGUCGCCUGCAUCGAGGAGAAAUGCUACGUCCUGACCUUCGCAGAGUACUGCAGAUUUUGUGCCUUGGCAAAGCGUCGAGUUGAAGGGAUUCCGGGCAGGAAAACCAUCAUGGUUCCUCCCUCGGAGGAAUAUUCCACCCCUCCACACCGCAAGGUGCCCGAGGACACGGACCCCGAGCUGGUUUUCCUCUGUCGUCACGUCUAUGACUUCCGGCACGGGCGCAUCCUGAAGAACCCACAGUAGCACAGCCCUUCCGUCGGAGCGCGGCGGGAGCAGGCAGUA